UCUCUGUGUGAUUGAUUUCCAAAGCAUAUGUUAUAUUCGCUCUGAAAUGUGCAAUAAAAUGAAUUGUAACUCUCUAAUGAGUGCUUUUAUUUUGUUAUUUGUAAUUCAUUGUGUCAAUGGCUUGUACUUUCACAUCGCUGAGACAGAACGAAAGUGCUUUAUUGAGGAAAUACCCGACGAAACUAUGAUCACAGGAAAGUACAAGACGCAGCUGUUCGACCCGCGCACCGGCGGCUUCAUGCAGACCAACCAGGGUAUCGGCAUGCACGUGGACGUGCGGGACCCGGAGGACAAGCCGAUCCUUUCAGCGGUAUACUCGGCCGAGGGCACGUUUACGUUCACGUCGCACACACCCGGAGAGCACGUCAUCUGCCUGUACUCCAACAGCACAAAGUGGUUCGCCGGAUCGCUCCUG